CCUAUCUAUAUAUAUAUUUUUCUCUCAAUCACUUCAUUUUAGUGCUUUCCCUCCCUUAAGUCUCGCCAUCAUUUAAGGCCACAUAUUUCUUUUCUUCCCCCCAUUUUCUCCAUUCCUGUUUAUGUAAUUUGGGGAGCAUUUGAAAAAGCCUAAAUCUUGACCAUCAAAAGCUCGAAAAAUGGAUGAAAAGCAGCUUGAUUUUAAUGCCCCUUUAUUAUCGGUUAGAAGGUUAUCAACAACUGCUACAAAUAUAGAUGGAAUAUCUUACAAUUCUGUUAGAAAAUCGAAACCAACACGACAGCAAUCACUUCCUGUUGCUCGAGCACAAUGGGAACCAGAGCAAGAAGUUACUAAACCUGCGGCUGUUCCGUUUAACUGGGAACAAAUACCAGGAAAAGCAAAAGACCGAAAAAAGCCCAUUUCACAUAUUCCGAAUAACGUCCCAAGUUCUCAGAGAUAUCCUUCCAAGGCAGUUCCUCUUGAUGAACAAGCAUUAGAAGAUGGGCAUGCUGAUGCAAUCUCAACUCUUUCUAACUCGUUUUCGUGUAAUUUUAGUGAAGGGAAUAGUGAUAUAGAAUCUUCUAGAUCGUUUGCUUCAGAUUUGCAGACUCGUGAUUAUCUAAUGAAUCGGUUUUUACCUGCUGCAAAGUCUAUGAUUGUUGAAACUCCACAAUAUGUAACAAAAAAGCAAGAAGCACCAGUUAUGGAGCCUCCUAAGUAUGUUAAGAAAGUUUAUAGUGGCGAGUUGAGGCCUUUAUUGCUUGAAAAGUAUCCAGUUAAUCCGGUUUCGCCGUAUGUUAAUCAUAAUAAUGAGAAAGAUAAAGAAAGUGAUGUGGUUGAGGACAAGAAGAAAUCUGGCAAAAAGGGUUUCAGCUUUUUUCUGCCUAAAAUCUGCACAAAACGUUCUUCGUGCCUCUCGAAUCCAAUGCCAGGACCGAAAACUAAGGUUCAUCAGAGUCAGACUCAAUUUCCUGAGUCACCUGGCCGGAUUCCACGACUCUCUCGAAGGACUUCUUAUAGUGGACCGUUAACUCCAAGUCUUGAGAAGCAAGCUAUGGAUGCUGUAAUUAGGAAAAGAGCCGAGUCUCGAGCAAAAGAGGUGCACGAAACUCAACUCAAGUCAAAUCCUUUGACUCGUUCAGGUGACUCGUUACCAUCAUCUCCCCAUCGAGGUAUGUCUCGUAGUGGUCGAAUAUCCCCAUACCGGAACGAGUCACCUCGGUCUCCAUUCCAUGACGGUGCUCGUUUUCUUGGAGUUCCGAAAGAUGCUCAAAAUCAAGUUGUUAAGCCCAAAACUUGCCCUUCGCUUAAUGUGAAAAGCCAUUUUUCUCCUCGUUUGAUACAUGAUACUCCUCAAGUUGUACCCGAGAAAACAUUGUAUAUAGAUUGGAUUCAAAAACCAGCAGACCCGACACCCAAUGAUGUAACGGUUGAACCAAGUGUUGAUUUUGAGGCUCUGGUUCAGGUCCCUCCACUUCCUAAAUCACCCUCAGAAUCAUGGCUGUGGCGAAAGAUGACUUUAAAGAGUCCAUUUCAAAAGAAGCUACAACAAACUCCCAUAGCAAAGAGUCCCAGAAAUGGUCCCAAAUGGGAGACCAUUGUGAAGACUUCUAAUGUGCAUCAUGAUCAUGUUCGGUAUUCUGAGGAACUGCUUAAUGUUUCCAAAUACCCCGAGAUAUCAUUUUGAAAAGGAAAAAAAAUGACAAGAUGGUUAACUUGUGAAGUAUACGAGGCUGUUUUGUUUUCUGAUGGCCCGUUGGUGAGUAAGGUUUCUGCAUUUUUUGUUUGUUUUUUUGAUAGUUUUAGAUGCCUAUUGGUUGGGAUUUGAUGAUGUUUUUUUACAUCCAUAUGUGUUAACUUGUUAACAAUUGAUCUUAUUUUAUGUAUGAUGAACGCAUUGUUCUCCCAAGGAUUUGAUUUGUAAUAGAAACCAAUGAGAUACUGUUUACAUUGA